UUUUUAUCUUUUCAGAAUAAUCCAUUUUAAAUAUGUUGUCUCAGGUAUUGUGUUUCUUUGCCAUCGUCGCUGUCGCCGUAGCUCAAUACGGCUACGGACACGGAGCAGCGUACUCGUCACAACACAUCUCUCGUCAUGACGGACAUCCUGAAAUCGUCAAUGAACAUGGUCACCAUGACUACUAUACUCAUCCCAAGUAUACCUUCGAGUACAAAGUGGAGGAUCACCACACGGGUGACAUGAAGUCUCAACACGAGAGCCGAGACGGUGACGUGGUGAAAGGCGUGUACUCGCUGCAUCAACCAGAUGGUUCCGAGAGAACCGUGCACUACCACGGCGACCACCAUACUGGAUUCCACGCUGAUGUAAAAUAUGACACUCAUCACAUUAUCCCGAAGUACCAUUACUAA